UAUAAGUCUGACACAGAGUUAGCUGCAGAGGAAGUGCAUAGCAGUGGCAGGGGUUCCACAAUGUUGUUGUAUUCCUAACAGAUUUACUGGUGGGAAAAUGGGACAAAGACGACUCAGUAUUUGUUGAAAAAAGGGACAUCUGAAGAGACAGAGACACCACAUGGGUCCAGUGUGGAAGAAGAUCAGGCAGGUGACUGAAAACAAAAUGAUGUGGAUUAAAGGUGCGCAGACCAAAUGUUUACCGGACAGAGAUGUUAUCAACUUUUCACAGGAGAUGAGCGGUGGUGCGACGCGGACGGUGAAACAUGAGGAUAAGAAAGACACAUGCAAGCAGCUUCGACUUACUCCACCAGAUCAGAAUCAGUCAGGGAACACCUCAGAGAGACACAGCACCAAGGAAAGUAGCAUCGCAGUAGUGCUGCCACAAAAACCAGCAGACCAGGAACGAACAGUUGAGCUCAUCACACCGACAGAAGAAAAAGUGGAAGUAAUCAAGGUUUACCUUGAGACCCGUCCAGACACAACAGAAACCCACCAGAACAACCUCAGGAUGCUCACUGACGAGGUGUCGCAGAUCCAGGAGGUGAGGUACUGUCUGAAGACUCUGAGGGAGCAGAUGGCAGCCAGACAGAACAGUCAGAACAACAACAAGUAUCCAGCCAAUGGCUACAGAGUCAACAUGCCCAGCAUCCAACCAGCUGUCACCAACGGCAACACUGUUCUCAUUGAGUCAGACGCUAAUGUGGGGGAUAAUCAAGAGGAAACUGUGAGGCUCCGGGAGGCGACCAAGCGUCUGUACGCCCAGCUGAAGGAGAUGGAGAAGAGGCAUCAGGAGGAGAGGGAGCGGCUGCAGGCGGAGAAUAACAAGUACCGCGCUCGUCUGACCGAACAGUCUGAGCGUCUUGAGAAGGCAGAGGAGCAGUCCAAGGAGAGAGGUCAGCAGCUGGAGGAGCUGCAAAGGCUGCUGGGAAGCAUGGAGAUCGAGAGCAGCAUCCUCAAAGACAAGAUGGCCGCAGGGGAGGAAGAACUGCUGCAGCUCAAAGCGGAGAGGGAGGAAGGCCAGGAGGGUGAGCAGAGGUGUGCGGAACUGGAGCAGGAAGUGGCCACCCUGAAGGAAAAGAUUCAUCACCUUGACGACAUGUUAAAGAGUCAGCAGAGGAAGGUCCGCCACAUGAUCGAACAGCUGCAGAACUCCAGGACGGUUCUACAGGAGAGGGAUCGAGUCAUCGGGGAUCUGGAGGAGAGGGUGGCUUUCCUGGAGGCUGAGAACAGAGAAAUGCAUGACCACCUGGAGUACCUUAUGGCAGGUCAGGACCCCCCACCUCUCACUAUCACUGAGAACAAGCCAGAGGUGGUUUACAGCAAAACCCUCACACCAACAACACAGAGCAACAAGUCCCUUCCAUUCAUCAAGGUCAUCGAGAUUAAGUCCUAAAUGGAUGGACCAUCGUUCUCAAGGGAGACUCUGUAAAUAUGUAUUUAACCUACCAGUAUACAUGGGCAGUACUUCAAAAGCUGCCCUCUUGGUGACAAAGCACACAUUUGUUAGUACCUCAGAGUGGAUUUUGAGGCUUUUAUCAGCUUCCACAAACACAAGAAGAUGAGAUUCAUUGACUGGGAUUGUUUAAAAGGAGGAAUCCUUGAAUGGAAACAGGGAGCUGUGCAUUUGCAAAUAAUUUAACUUUCACCUUAAACAACACAAACCCAUGCAGCACACACUUUGUUGAUACGUUUCAGUUAAGCAUAUGUUGUGAAGUUUUCCAGGCUUACUUGUUGAAUCUGAAAUGAGCUUCUUUCAAAAGGUCAGAGUAAAGGAGAGUGAAAAUGGAGGCUGAACUGUUAAUAUUGUAAAGGUCACUGUUAUAUAUAACAUGUAAUAUAUAAAUUAUCACAUGAUGGUGAGUGUUUUCAUUACUUCAUACUUCUACAGCCUGCUUGACUUGAGUCCUGAGCACAGGGUUCUAAGGUCAAAUUGCUGACUACUUUGCACCACAUUGCCAAUUUUGCAGUUGUCUUUGAAUUGAAAUAUGAUUGAUUUUUUUUCUUUUUAACUUCAGUAAAUACUCCCCAUAUUACAGUGGAGUAAACGUGUAUUAAGAGUGGUAUUUUAUGUUGCUGAUGUAAAUAACAUGUAGACUAGUUCACUGUGCUGCCAAGUGCUGCCUCAGCACACUCUGAAAACCAUUUAAAGGAUGUGUAUAUUGUCAUUUUUCUUAGAUACAUUGGUUUCUUUUCAUUUUUUUAAAUAAUACCCACAGCAAUGCAGGAUGAACUGAGUAACUACUGUGAUAACUGUAAAUAGAUACACUGAAGUUCAGUUUGUAUCCUAUAUUAUAGACUGUAAAUUCUAUUAGGGUGUUAUUAAAUAUUAUUAAAAUAUAUAAAAAGGUC